CCGCCGACAGCGCGCCGAAGCGUGCGCGCGCGCCCCCGCUAGAAGCUCCGAUCGGUCUCGGGAGCGCGCUCUGUGUGGCCGCUGCCGCCAUGUUGUUGUGGUUGUGAGAAGGCGGCGGCGGCGGCGGCGGCGGCGGCGGCGGGAGCGGCGGCAGCGGAGUAGCCGGCGGAGACGCUCCAGCGGCCCAGGCGCUGCCCCACGCCGGCCCUGGCUGGCAGCCUCGUGGGGUGGCGGAGGAGGCCGUGCGGUGGCGGGCCUCGCCAUGUCCUGCCACCUGGUCUCAAGCAGAAGAGAAGGAAGAGCCUUGUUAGAGACUGGAGAAGGACGGGGUCUCUCCUGCCCUGGCCUGGUCAUGGAUGAAGAGAUGCGACACAGCCUGGAGUGCAUCCAAGCCAAUCAGAUUUUUCCCAGGAAGCAGCUGAUUCGGGAGGAUGAGAAUCUUCAGGUUCCUUUUCUUGAACUUCAUGGAGAGAGCACAGAGUAUGUGGGCCGUGCUGAGGAUGCCAUCAUUGCCCUUUCUAAUUACAGACUUCACAUCAAGUUUAAGGAGUCUCUUGUUAAUGUUCCAUUACAGCUUAUAGAAAGUGUUGAAUGCCGUGAUAUAUUCCAGCUUCAUUUGACGUGCAAAGACUGCAAAGUUAUCAGGUGUCAGUUCCCAACCUUUGAGCAGUGUCAAGAUUGGCUGAAGAGAUUGAACAAUGCAAUCCGACCACCUGGUAAAAUAGAAGAUCUCUUCUCAUUUGCAUACCAUGCUUGGUGCAUGGAGGUCUACGCCAGUGAAAAGGAGCAACAUGGAGACUUGUGCAGACCAGGGGAGCAUGUAACGUCAAGGUUUAAGAAUGAAGUGGAACGGAUGGGUUUUGAUAUGAACAAUGCCUGGAGGAUUUCCAACAUCAAUGAGAAAUACAAAUUAUGUGGUAGCUAUCCACAAGAGCUCAUAGUACCUGCCUGGAUCACUGACAAAGAACUAGAAAGUGUGGCAGGCUUCCGAUCCUGGAAGCGCAUCCCUGCUGUCAUCUACAGGCACCAGAGCAAUGGAGCUGUCAUUGCCCGCUGCGGACAGCCGGAGGUUAGCUGGUGGGGCUGGCGAAAUGCUGAUGAUGAGCAUCUGGUGCAGUCAGUGGCCAAAGCCUGUGCUUGUGACUCUCAAUCAAGUAUCAGCAAGGUUUCCACUAGGAACAGUUGUCGGGACUUUCCCAAUGGCGGAGAUCUUUCUGAUGUGGAGUUCGAUUCCUCUCUGUCAAAUGCUUCAGGAGCAGAAAGUUUAGCUCUCCAGCCACAAAAACUUCUGAUCUUGGAUGCACGUUCCUAUGCAGCAGCUGUGGCAAAUCGAGCCAAAGGAGGAGGCUGUGAGUGCCCAGAGUAUUACCCAAACUGUGAAGUUGUGUUUAUGGGAAUGGCAAAUAUCCAUUCUAUCCGGAGGAGUUUCCAGUCUCUACGACUGCUGUGCACACAGAUGCCAGAUCCUGGAAAUUGGCUUUCAGCUCUUGAGAGUACAAAAUGGCUCCAUCACCUGUCAGUGCUCUUGAAGUCAGCACUUCUUGUAGUGCAUGCUGUGGACCGUGAUCAACGCCCAGUGCUAGUGCACUGCUCAGAUGGCUGGGAUCGCACGCCCCAGAUUGUGGCCUUGGCUAAGCUCCUGCUGGACCCUUACUACCGAACAGUAGAGGGUUUCCAAGUCCUUGUGGAGAUGGAAUGGCUGGAUUUUGGCCAUAAGUUUGCUGACCGGUGUGGUCAUGGGGAGAACUCAGAUGACCUGAACGAGCGUUGCCCAGUGUUUCUGCAGUGGCUUGACUGCGUUCAUCAGCUUCAGAGGCAAUUUCCUUGCUCUUUUGAGUUCAAUGAAGCAUUCCUUGUGAAACUGGUACAGCAUACCUAUUCCUGCCUCUUUGGAACAUUCCUGUGCAACAACGCCAAGGAGAGAGGGGAAAAGCAGACUCAGGAACGGACAUGCUCUGUGUGGUCACUUCUUCGGGCAGGCAACAAAGCUUUCAAAAACCUACUGUAUUCAUCUCAGUCAGAAGCUGUACUAUACCCCGUGUGCCAUGUGCGGAAUCUGAUGCUAUGGAGUGCAGUAUACCUUCCCUGCCCAUCUCCAUCUACUCCCACAGAUGACAGCUGUGGACCAUACCCAGCCCCAGGCACCAGCCCUGAUGACCCCCCCUUGAGCCGGCUACCCAAGACUAGAUCAUUUGACAAUCUGACCACAGCCUGUGACAACAUGGUGCCGCUGGCCAGCCGGCGCAGCAGUGACCCCAGCCUGAAUGAGAAGUGGCAGGAGCAUGGGCGCUCACUGGAGCUGAGCAGCUUUGCUGGGUCUGGGGAAGAGGCGCCUGCUGUGGACAGCCUGCGGAAGCCCAGCAGGCUGCUCGGAGGUGCUGAGCUCUCUGUAGCGGCUGGUGUGGCUGAAGGGCAGAUGGAGAACAUUUUGCAAGAAGCCACCAAAGAGGAGAGUGGGGCAGAAGAGCCUGCCCACAGGGAGCACACUGAGGUGCCAGAGGUCAAAGAGGAGGCACUCCUAGCAAAGGAGAGCAGGAUGGUGGCUGAGGGCUCAGAUGUCCUUUACCAAGAAUCCAAGCUGGAUGAUGCUCCUCUAAGAAACCAUCUAGACCCCAGCCUGUCUUUGUUCUCACAGGAUAGUCCUCAGCAGCAGGAUGGGCACAACGUUCUCUCUAGUUCACUCCAGGCUCCCCUCAGGGGAGAGGACUCCCAGGAGGUCCCUGUGGAACAGCCUCAAGUAGAGAAUUUUGCAGAGGCCAGGGAAAAUGUAGCUCCUGCUCUCCCGGUAGAUGCAAAAGUUGGCCUUGGUACCUCACAGUCUAGUUCUCUGCUGCCUUCCCAAGUCCCAUUUGAGACAAGAGGACCACACACGAACAGCUCCAUGCACAUGUUACUAGAAGAUAAGGUAAAGUCAGAGAGUGGGCCCCAGCUCCAUCACAGACCUUGCCUGGCAAGCAGUGGUAGGUUCAGUGGCAAGGACAUGCUUCCCAUGGCUCCAGAGCCCAGGUCUGCUGAGAGGCCCCAAUGGGACUCUGUGCUAUAUAGGACUUCAUCCCCUGGCAACACCCUCAGCCUGAUGCGGGCUCCUUGUGCCUUGCCGUUAGACAAAUGUAGACAGGGAAUUGUGUGCAACGGUGCCCUAGAGACUGAAAACAAGGCUUCAGAACAGCCUUCAGGGUUUGGCACCCUUCAGAAGUACCCCACACCCAAUGGGCACUGUGCCAAUGGGGAGGCUGGGAGGAGUAAGGACUCCCUGAGCCACCAGCUGUCUGCCACAGUCUGCAGCUCUGCUCACUUGUACUCAAGGAACUUGCACCACAAGUGGCUGAAUAACCACUCAGGGAGGCCAUCCACUACCAGCAGCCCUGACCAGCCUUCCCGCAGCCACCUGGAUGAUGAUGGCAUGCCUGUAUACACAGACACAAUCCAACAGCGUCUGCGUCAGAUAGAGUCUGGCCACCAGCAGGAAGUGGAGACCUUGAAGAAACAAGUCCAGGAGCUGAAGAGUCGCCUGGAGAGCCAGUACCUGACCAGCUCCCUGCGCUUCAAUGGGGACUUUGGAGAUGAAGUGACUUCAAUCCCCGACUCGGAAAGCAAUCUGGAUCAGAACUGUUUGUCUCGCUGCAGCACAGAGAUUUUCUCUGAAGCCAGCUGGGAGCAGGUGGAUAAACAGGACACUGAGAUGACCCGUUGGCUCCCUGACCACCUGGCUGCCCACUGCUAUGCCUGUGACAGUGCCUUCUGGCUCGCCAGCAGGAAGCACCACUGCAGGGACACUGACCGUGUUGAUCAAACGUGGAAUUGUGGGAACGUAUUCUGCUCCAGUUGUUGUAACCAGAAGGUUCCAGUUCCUAGCCAGCAGCUGUUUGAACCCAGUCGAGUGUGCAAGUCUUGCUAUAGCAGCCUCCAUCCCACAAGCUCCAGCAUUGACCUUGAACUGGAUAAGCCUAUUGCUGCCACUUCAAACUGAAGCUCAGUGACCUGGGGUGGCAGAGGCCAUGCUGCUGUUCUUUAACAGGCUCAUCCAGAGCCUGGGCAGUCAGAGAGGCCCAUACACUUUGGAAUGGGGGCACAGAACAACCUGUACAGAGAUUGGGAUGUACCACUGGAUUGUAAAUUGAUUUUUGUUUCAUCUUCCCUUCCUUUUCCACACUCCCUCUUUGCCUUCUAAAAAGAAAAAUGUCCCCAGUUGUCUUCUUCUUUUUUUUUUUUUUUUUUUGAAAUGGAAGCCCAGAGGUUGCCAGGCCCUAUAACUGCUGAGCUGUUUGCUGUCAGGCAUGCUGGGGGAUGGCUCAGUGCUUCCCAGUGGAAGGAGCCAGAAUGAAGAAUGAGACAGCAAGACAGAAAGUCAGCCUACCAUUAGUGACCAUUCCUCACAUCACAGCUGUGUCAGAGCUGACUGGUAACCCUUUGCUGCUGGGGAGGCUGGAAGGACCUUUCUGGAGAGUGCUGUUCCUGAGAGAGACAGGGCCAUCCCACCUCAUAGAUAAGAACAGGAUGGCAUUGGGAAGAAGGGCACAUAGAGGCACCCCACAGGCCUCACUUAGAAAAGAGAGGUAUGUGCUUCUUUUGAGUUACUGAGGGACUGGGUGGCUGACAUGUUGGCCCACAUGGAUUCCAUCUUUAACUUGGACCAGAUUGGGUAGGGCUCCCUUUGCCUCCUUUGGCUUCCUAAACACCUAAAGGUGCAGACUGGCCAGAAUGCAGUGUCCUGCUGAUGUGGUCAAGGCCUGCACUGAGCUAGGCACCUGUGAGCUCUCUCUGGGGCCUGGUCCCACAAACAAUCUCUUCCUCGGCCAACACAGGGAAAUCCAGACUCAGGGUUCCACAAGUCCCCCAUUCCUAAAGCAGACCAAUCAUGCAUCUUCCCCUUGAGGGACAGAGUCCCACAGUUACAAAGCUCUCCACACAAUCAGCCCUCCUCUUCUGCUACUUCUGGGGGCAGAAGGAAGGACCCAGGAGUCCUCUGUCCUGCUUCUGGCUGUCUUGAGUGGUCACAUGUCUGGCUUUUGCUACCAGUGAAGAGUCACUUGGUGACUUUAGGGUUCUUAGAAAAUAGCAUGAGGAGAUUUGGGGUACCUUUCCUCAGUGACCUUUGAUGUGGUCCAAAAAGAGCCUUAAACCAGUAAUUAUCUGUGGUGGAGGUGGGUGUGGGAAGGGUGGAGGGCAGUUCUGGUUUGUGCUUUGAAUUGCUGGCAUCUAUGUUUGUGCCUUCCCCACCCCCGGGGCCAUGCUUGGCUCUGCUAAAAGCCGCAAACAGAUAACAGAGCAAUUGUAGUGUGAGGGCUGGGUGAGGUUGGGGGGACACCUCAGUUCUAGCCUGGCCUGUGUCCAUGCCCCUCUUCUUUGGAAACUGUUACCUGGCCAUGGGUGUUCUGUGUCUCAGGAAGGUGGUUCUGCAUGUUCCCGAGUGGGUGCAAGAAGCCCAGAAGCCUUUCCUAGCACUGUUGGCUGAACCGAAGCCCAGGGUAUCAGAGCAUUGCUCAUUCCUCCAGCAGCAAGUCACGCAGAGGCCUCGUCUAGUGAAACAGGGUGAAGUUUUCCUCCAUGCUUGCUGUGGUCUGGAGGUGCGGGUGGGGGAAGGAUGGCAUAACUGAAGAUUGUGAAGUUCCUAGUGACAGGUGCCAAGAGGUUAUGAUACGGGUUUCUUGGGUCUGUUGUACAGUGUGAAUAAAUGCUUGCAGCUCUUAGCCCUUUUUGAUCAAUGAAGCACUUUUUUAUUAAUAUUUUCUUUGUAUGUAAAGGAGGAACCGUAACUCCGUAGCUGUACAUAUAACCCUUUUCUCCUAAAGAGGAGUCAGUGCUCCUAUAUUUUUCAUUUUUUUGUCAAAGCAAGAAGUAAAUACUUUAGAAUUGUUAAAUAUAUAGAUAAAGUGAAUAAAGUUGAGUGUCCGCACGGUG